AUGGCAUUGCGUACGUGCCGCACACUGCCGGUGCGGCCAGUAGGUUCGUGCGGCGGCCGCUCGCGAUGCUGCAUCGUGCGGCAAGCGGCGCCAGCCGAGGGAAAGCCGGGCGCCAGCAAGGUGGACGGCGGCGAUGAGGAGGAGUUUGUUGGACUGCUGCCUGAGGAGGACCAAGAGGUGCCUGGGACAUACUUUGACGCCCUGAACCGCAACACCAAGCUUGGCAAGGCGGUGGCGUCGGCAGUGGAUGAGCUGGAGCAUCUGAACGACAUGGUGGGGCGCGGCGGGCCGCGGCAGACGGGCUCGCGUGGCGAAGGCGGGAGGGAGAUGGAGUCGCUUGCUCAGGCCGACCAGUUGCUGCAGAAGCUCGGCCUGAAGGGCAGCCUCUUCGGCGCCGCGGCCGCGCCGCCGCCGCCGAAGAGCAAGAAGGGCAAGGCGGGGCAGGGGGCCGCGGAGGAUGACGAUGACCUGGACCUGGAACUGCUUGGGGAGGCGGAGGACGCGUGA